AUGCUUCGCCGUGAGAGCUGGGCGUUUGCUUCGAGUGUCGAGGCCCAAGCUGCUUCGACGCUGUUUAAUUGUACAGUGAAGUAUUGUAUUGGAAUAGUCUGGGAUGAAGAAGAAUCAGCAGAGGAAGGUGGACCAUCCUGUGGUGGCCAGAAUAUACUGUUUGUUUCGGGCAAGAGCGAAGCCGAUAAUGAUAGCAAGAUCGGUGGUGGUUACGUGCUUCCUAUCGAUAGGUCCAAGGUCGAUACCCUGGGCUUUCAAAGAAGGCUAGAUGGUCAACAAGGCGUCAUCUUUGAUAGGUACUCUGUCUAUCAAUAG